AUUCCGCGUAUCCAGGAGACCAAGGCUGAGGAAGCUGAAGACUUUGCAGGGAAGGGCGUCCUCCAGUGACUGGAGGGACCAUGGCAGUGAAUAGGGGAUUAGAGACCUUCUUAUCUGUCUUCCUGCUGUGCUGCUGGUACGGAACUGAUCUACAGCCGAUCAACUCAACUUCAGGUCCACUUACUGAAGAUGCGCUCAAUUCGACAACAGAAGACAUACCUGAAGUUUUUGAUGAAAUUCUUGCCCAAGAGAUUCUGGAGCCAAACGCAUCAUCGGCAGUGUCUGAAACAUCAGCAACAACCAAAGUUUCCACACAAACAACAGCACAAACCAAGGACAAAAACAUGGGUAUUGAUGAAAACUACCAAGAAGAUGGCUCCAAGAAUUACCAUGAAUUACUGGAGAAUGUAGAACCCUCGACUAUGAGCAAGGAUAAAACCGACAAUUAUGACAGAAGUACCGUUGAGAACCACCACGAGCACAGUUCUCGGACCAGGGUUGAGCCACACUUCUCUUUAAACGAAAAGAAGAGUUCGAACAAUGAUAAGCACAGGAAAGUGUCCGUUCUGGACAGAAUCCUUCAAAACAUAGGAAGAUAUGAAGACAGCCUAGAACUAAGAGCAGCUAUCAAGAAAGCCCUGUUUGAUCCGUGUCAUGGCCCCCCAGCCCCCAUCUCACCGCUUCUGCAGCAAAGUCAAGGCAAGAUGGGCAGGGGCACCAUCGACCCGGAAAGACUUUUAAGGACCUGGGGCUUGUCUGCUCUGGACACAGCACCAGUUGAAACCAUGAGAAGGGAGCCCAAAGUGGUCUUGAAGGAAAAUGGGUACCACAGACGACUUCUCACGUCCACCCUGCUCUCAGCUCUCCUCAUUAUCCCUGCGGCCUUGCUCUAG